CUCGGCUUAGCGCAGCUUAGCGAGUGCGAUGUGGUUGCUGUUGCUGGAGACAGUGUUCGCGCACGCGUUCAAUCCGAGAAACAUCUACAAACGGUUGCUGCACACGGUGCAGUGUUUCUUUCGUCCGAGUUUCGGGACAAACAUUAAAAACAGCGUUUUUUCCAGUCACUGCACACUCCUACGGACACUUGUGUAUGUAUCCUUUCUUUUUGAGAAAUUGUCAUGCGCGUAGCGUGUCUAGGGUUAGCUCAUCGAAAACCAGUCGAUAACUGUUUGCUACCACCCAUAGUCGACACACAUUUCUGUAUAAUUGAAUCAAAAACAGAAUACAGUAUGUAGUAAAAGCCGUCGGACGCCGAGAGAGGACACGCGAUAAUUAACACGACUGCAAUCGGUAAUACUCGGUGUCAACAGUGUCGCGUCGAGCAUCACCCUCGAACAACCGUACUAUUGAAAAUUUUGCAACCCGAGCAGUAGCAGCAGCAGCAGAAACCGCGCCGUAGAAACAGACACAAACGAAAGUUCGACCGUGAAACAGCACUCGUGAUCGUAGAUGACGCGAAUGACUUGCAAAUUCUUUGGUUCGCGCGCUUACUCUGCUCGAUGAACCACGUAGUUAUCGUGUCGCAGGCGCGUUGACUCUGUACUUUUCGGACCACCCAUUUUCUCCGCACCUUUGAACCACCGAUUCCGGUGGAUUUUUCACAUCUCAUGGUUCGAUUAACACUAGAAUUACCGUGGUGUAGAUACUGGUAUCCGGGUAUUCGUGAGUCGCGAGAUACCCGACUACACUUGAUAGCGCUUUGGGUACCCAACUACAACGUGUAAAUAUUGUACAUCAUCGUGACUUUAAAGUUUACAAACCGUUUGUCUCUCACAAUAAAAUAUUUAGAACGUUGCACGUUACUAAUUACAUAUUAGUUUAUACCAGAGGGUUUUUUUUAAAAAAACAAAAAAAACGCUUACUAAUUUUAUAUUAUAUAAUUUUUAAUCUAUACAUAAUAAUUUUAACGUUUUUCACAUACUAUAAUGACUUCUGUGAUAAGCUAAACGAAACCUCGUGGUACAUAUGAUUUAGAAACAAUUGUAGUCAGUUUAUUUACAAAUAUGCAUUGAUGCGACAACCUUGGUAGUAAACGUAAUAAAAUACAUGCAGAAAAUGAACGGAAGAUCUUCUACGGCGAUAUUAAUAGAUCCUCUUGAAUUUAUUAAAAUAUCUUAACAUUGCCUUGUAGAUAGAGAGAUCUUUAUUCGAUAAAACUUGCAGACGACGAUACACAUAAUAUUGAUCGUUAUCGAUCAGGAUUGUUCUCUAUCCAAGUUUGUACGUGGUAUUCGAUGAAUUAAUAACGCCGCGUAUUUUGAGACAAUAUAUUUAUUUCUUAUUAAUAUGGAGUUUUCAACAAUAACAGUGUAAUAGUAGGCGUAACAAGAGAGACGAGGUAGGUUACGAGGAACCUAACCUAAUACCGUACGCCAACAAGUCACCGCGUUAACAGAAUACUCGUGAUUGGUAUAGCUACAUAAGGUUUCUCUACUUUAUGCUCUACGAAGUUACUAUUUCACUAAAGUUGCAUGCACCGUGCUCUUACUUUUUUUUUUUCAUUUUUCUGCUUCUGUGUUUAUCGCCAAGUCGAGAUAGAUCGGACACAGAUUUUGCAACUUUAAUGUAAUCGACAGACUGCGGAUAAAUUUGUGGCAUUGUAUGGUUUUUCUUUGUACAGAAGUAUUAAUUUAUUUAGGGCAAUAGAAAAAAUUGAUGAAACUUUGUAUACGAACAUCCUCGGUCUAGUAAUUAGACUGUGGUAAUGGAGGCUGUCACACUCCAUUGUCGCACAGAAUAAGAAACCAAUCAAUUCUUCAAGAAACCAAUAAUUAGAUGUAUUUUUACCUAACCAGAGUAACCUGGUACAAAAAAGGAGGGUAUCAAAAGGAAUUCGAACCAUGAGGUGACGAUUAAAACAGAUUCCCUUAUACGUAUAGUAAGUUUCCAAGAUGCCACUACUAGGAGAAAGUUAUCAGCCAGCCUCCAUCUUAUUCCGUGCGUUACUUAAAAGUUUCUGUGCAUAAAAUUCAAUGAUUAACUUUUUCAAUAAAAGUCAAGUAGUAUAUGAAAUGCGUAUGCAACAUUUGAUUAUUUUCAAUGAAUCUUGAAUACUUGAGAAAAAGUAUUUCACAAGACAUUAUUUGAUUUGGUAUGAUUGUAAUGUUAGUUGGCAGGAUUUUGAAAUUAAUAUAACAUUAGUUGAAAUUAUGGCAGUGCUUUGUAGUAUAUAAUAAUCUUAUUGCCAUUAGAGAUGGAAUUAAUAUAUUAUGGCUAAUACGAUGCUAAUAAGAAUAUUUUAAGUACUAUUUACAUUUCUAAAAACUAAAUAGUAAAGAUGUACUUUAGACUUAUCGAGCAACGCACAGCUAGCCUUUCUCUUGUGACAAUCUUUAGCCCAUUGUUUCAAUUUCCAGUUGCAUUAAAUGCAUGUCUUACAGAUCACUGCCAGCACUUCAUAAUAUCAAUUUAAUAUCGAUGGAAAGAAAAGAGCAACGAGACAUUCGAUGGUAUUCAAGAUGGAAAUCAACUGAAACAAAUUAUCUGAGAAAUAGUCUACACCUUAUUUUAUAUAGGCCGACUUAUAUUUUGCAGCAAUCUCUGUAUUACUUUUCACUUAAAUUAGUAAAAAUAGUACACACAGUUGAACAAAAGUAUUUGCUCUAUUCUUUCCAUAAUUUCUUUCAAUUGUACAGGUUCUUGUUGGCGCACAAUGAAGUAGGGGGCUCGACCUUUAAUUCAGUGCAAUAAUGUCUCUUCAGGUAUCUAGUAGAAGACACGUAUGUACAAGGACUUUCAGAAGAUAGAUUUCUUUUAUACAUGCCUGAACGAAUUGCAAACACAACAUAUAUAUUCCUAUAUAUACAUAUAUAGUAUAUACACAUCUAUGUAUGUAUAUAUGUACAUAUACAUAUAUGUAUAUAUAUAUACAUGACAACUACUGAACCAAAUUACCGGCGGAACCCACUUAUCAAAAAAUUAUAGCUACAGUUAAUAUAAUAAGUCUAUUUUUGAUUUAUUUAGGCUUGGGUGACUCUAAACUGGCCCCCUAUAUUUGUAUUUUGAUUAUCUCCUGAAUGAAUUGCAGUACAACGUUGAAUGGAAAUCAAAUAAUGUAUCUUGAUCAAACAAGAUAUAAAAAAUAAGGAUAUGUCGGUGUCAUUGUGUGUAAUUAAUUGGCGAGUACGCUACGCGUUUAUCAACGCGUUGUCAUUGUCAGAUAAAAGCGACUGGCGUGAAUCUAUGUAUACAGGGUGUUCCAUCUGAAGCGUUUACACUUCGUAUACUAUGUAUACGCGUGGUAUGUUUACGAUUGUGUACAAAUGACGAUUGAAUCGAAAUGAAUGAGUAAUGCAAUUAUUCAGAACACUUUCAUCGGUAGUUGUUGCCUGUCUGUUUUUGUGUGUAAAUGCGCGUGCGCGUGUAGUCUGUCAUAAAAGUGUGCAAACACCGGUCAAAUGUAUCUUGCACAUUUCAUCAACAUGGAUAAACUUUUCAAUUAAUGUUCGAUGAAUCUUUUAUACAUUUUGUGUUUUAUAAAACUUAAGUGAAUGCAACUAAAUUAAUCAGAUUAAUUCACUGUAUGUAUCAGACAUAUGAAAUUUUCCAUAUGUAUGGAAACUUUUGCGACCGACUGUAUGUAUGCGUAUGCAUGAGCGCGCACGCGUAUGUGUGUGUGCGUGUGUGUGUGCGUGUGGAAUCAUACAGCAAAAUCGAACUCAUCAGAGACACUUGAUCAUUAUGAAAGUUACUGCGUCGAACAAGAUUCACACGACGUACAUUCACUGGGAGAGCUUACAUUUCGACACUUUAAAGACUGUAACCUGUUAAUCGGGAAGGACGAGUUAACUUGUCGCGCGUGUUCAACAACGUUUCCUCACCUUAUUUAUACCACUAAUAAUUCUUACAUUCUGUUACGUGGGGAUAGUAUUCUAUAUUAGUAUAAACUAUGUUGUGUUCGCAUGGCUCACGAUUGAUUAAAGUCGGGCCCGGUUAACAGGUUUAUCGAGAUAAGUCCAAAUACAACGGUCUACUUUGAAAACUAUGAAACUAAACGACGUCUAGCUCUACACCUUCGAUAUUAAUAUAGAGAAAGUUGUUUCUUCGGAAUACGAGAUAUAAUGCUAUUCAAGUAAAGAAUUGGGCGGAUCGACUACUCCUAAGGCCUCGCUCAUCAAUUAUUUAAAAUUAUAAUUUCUUUUUAGUCCCAUACAUCCACUCUACAGAGUCUAGCAAUCGAAUAGCAGGAAAAGACGAGAGAGAAGGAAAGAAACAGAGACAAUAGUAGGGGCGGGAACAAGUCCAAUAUUCAUAAUUCAUUUGACGACGUUUGAAUGCUACUCGAAAACAAUAGUAAGUUGGUUUCGAAGACAGAUAUAAUGGUGCACGGAUAACCGACGCUUUUUUAAUCCAACACUUUUCACUUUUGCGGGACUUUUGGAGAGCAUAUGUCCUGUAUCUAUAUAAAAUAAACUUUCUACGCAUUUCCAUUAGUCCUCAAACUUUUCACUCUAUUUCCAAAUUGAUUCAGAAGCGAUGGAAACUCCGCGCUUAAUUGUUGCAUUAAGACUUCGGUAGUCUAUGCAAUAUUCGUGCACUAUUAUAAAUAAAAUCUCUCUGUUUCCUCUUUCUUCCCAUCAUUUUUCAAUUCCGAAAACGAUGUCUUGCGCAAUUCCUGGGACAAAUCUCAUCCCUUAUCAGUCUAAAGAACCGAUCAAGGGUAAUACCACGCUUCAUCAACGAAUACAGCAAACUCACAAUAUUAUGUUAUGGUUUUCCUAUUCUUUGCUUGCUUCUUCGUGACACUUCGAAUUUUUUUUUAAGGGUUUGCUUAUUGGGGAUUUCCCACGAUCGGUACAAAAAUGAUACACGUUCGAAUUUCUCCUCGUUUCUUUAGAACGUUAUCGCACCCCUUUACAAAGCGUCAGAGUAGGGACAUAGACGACAUUAUGAGCGUCCAUUCGUAAUUAAUGGUCAUUUGUGCCGAGAGUCCGUUGAGCGAGUCUCCCUCCCUCCGAGAUACCGUACUAACGAUAAAGUGGCAGUAUGCGAUGCAAUAUUAUCCGAUUCAGCAAAAUAUUCCCGAACGUCAAUCAGUGUCUUAGCUUGAACAAUUUUGUUAUUUGGUGUUUUCUAUCAGUGCGUGGAUAAAAGCAGCCCUUCAGCGGGCUAGAUAUCUCCAUGAGUAUGUACAAAUGUGUUUUGCAAAAAUCGCAUUGCAACCGGAACAAGUUCAAUGUCCUAAAAAGAGGAAUAUAUUCGGAUACUCGGAUCUACAUUCAAUAUCCGAAUAUUCGAAUAUCCGAACUUGAAUCUGACCUCAGAUUCGAGCGUUCAAAUCCGAAUUAAGUAAGUGGAUACUCGAAUUCAGGACACGUUCUCGAAGCUGAUUUUUCCGGAAACAAAUUUCCGCGUGCGAGAAAUCGUUCUUUUCGAUUCUAUCAUGAUUUGUAAUAACACCCACGCACGCACGCAUGACCACACACACACACACACACACACACCCGCGCACCCCCCCCUUUCUUCGUUUGAAUGAUCGUGAUGCAUGAUGAUCGAGGAACGUGUGUGCCGCAAAUGUUGCGGAAACGAAACAACGAUCAUGAUUUUUAAAAAUGUAAUUGAGCCCGCGUUACGCAACGUGAACGGAAACGUAGAUUAGAAAGAAAGUCAAGAAAAUACACGGCAGUGCGGAAUGUCGUCUACGUUUAUAUAAUACAUAUCGUGUUGUAACGAGGAAAGACUCGCCCAGGCUGACGGGUUAAUCCGUAGAGUUCAAAUGCCAACAAGAAAAUAUUUUAGUACUCGGUUGCAAGUAUUUUCCGCUACUCGUUAAGACAUCUCUACUAAUGUUUAUAGCACGCUGUAUUUUUUGCUCUCCUGCUUACUGUUUUUUUUUUCUUCUGUCUUUAACCAACGUAUCCUAAUUUAUAAUUUAUCAAUGUACGCAACAACGCUGAACAGAUAAAGAGAUUUUCCCUCGUUCGCCGUUAAAUCUCUUGUCUGCCUUGUUAUUACACAACCCUUCCCACCCCUUAAAGACCCCGAACCCCCAGAGUACUGCUGGAGAGUGCCUAUGUGUGUGUACGUAUGGUUUUCUUUUUUUUUUGCUUUUAAACGCUUUUUUUGUUGUUUUUGCCUUUUGUUUAAAUUGUCGGAUUCCUCUACAAAUUGACCUAUAAAUCUCUGAUAUUGCUUAAAUCAAUCAAAGCCCCUCAGAGGCAACGAUCAUCCCCGAAGCGCCCGAUGCUUGCAAGAAUUCUGAAACCGUCGGGCACCGUCUAUCAAGGAGGAUGCAGAUCGCGAUGAUGUUGCCUAGCAGUCAGGAUCGCCUUCAGCUCGGACUCUAAUUGUUUUUUGGUUCGUUCGCUUACCGAUCGGCCUCCGACGACCGGUUGAGCGGUGAAACGAGGAGAAGGUGUACGUGGACCCGCCACCGCCACCGCCACCACUACCUGCGACCGUCUCGGAGGACCUGGUUAGGUCGAUAGUGCCCGAACCCCAAUCCCGAGACAGUUUCCUGCCAACGGCAGAUGUCAAUGGGAGAGGCGGACUCUUGGACGACUGGUGAUGACUCGGCGGCAGCCUCAAGGUCGCGAACACUGGGAAUGAUUGUCCACGUUUCGCUGGGCUGCGAGAGUACCUCGGUGUCGUCGCCGGAGCUCCACCUCCUCCGGGUUGGUCGACUCUAGCCGCGGAUGUGCCUGUGCCAACUGAAUCGCUUCUAGUCGGAGGCAGAGGUCGCAAAGUUGCACUACCACCAAGGUGAGAGCCUAAACGCGGAGGUGGUGAACCCCCAUCACCAUGACUCAGUCGACGACCAACCGUUUCCAAGGGACUUCUUGCUCGGAGAUCUUGAGUUAUCUGAACCCUAAAUAAGCAUAAUGUCUAAAUUUGUGAAGUUCACAAAACUUAGAACUUCUACAGAUCACACAUUCUGGGCAAAAUUUGCCGAAUUGAAAAUAGACAAAUUAAAAUUGGAUGAGAAGGCAGUAAUUAAUAUAUGGGGAAGCUACAGUCGCCAGUCCCCGAACGAAGCCAAUGUGAAUCCAUUGGUACUGGACUUUACAUCAUUUAAUAAAGAUCCUGUCGAUGCCACCCUUCCCACUUCAUCUAUCUACUAUUGUGGAAAGAUGAUCAAUAAGAAUACAUUAGAAGCAUUUAAACAAACUAAUCCUGAAGUAUUCAUCGAGUCCUUGGGAAAGGAUGUUAUAGAAAGUAUUAAAGAUGGAUCUAGCUUAAAAGAGCCAUGGAGAUUGUCAUUGUUUCUAUUACUGGCUUAUUCGGAUUUAAAAAAGUAUAAAUUUUAUUAUUGGGUUGCUCAUCCUACUCCAUUAAAGUUACCUGAGAUGUACUAUGAAGAAAGUCCAAAGUCGAUCGACGAAGAAUUCACAUCUAUUCAAUCAGAAGACCUUAGUAAAGGCUUCCUCCAACUACAUGGCAGAUCAAUGAAUUAUUUUACAGUCUUAAUAUCUUGUGAAAAUAAUAUAAUUGUUAGUGACGUAGAAACAGGUGUAAAUUCAGUUGAAGGGAAAAAGGAAUCACAGGAGUACAACGAAGUUUACUUUGCUUUCUAUGAUCCUUGCACAAGCUCAGAACCAGGAUGGCCUUUACGCAAUCUCCUGAGCCUAUUGCUCUGGCAUUGUCCAAUGCAUUGUUUCACAAAAGUAAUUAAAGUAAUAUCUAUAAGAGGGAACAAGGCGCAGAGGAGUAUUGUCUACAAGCUCAGAGUUAAACAAUAUGAGAACACUAAUGAAAUCAGAGAUAGUUUAUUCAAUAGCCAUUUAGUAGGAUGGGAAAGUAAUACAAAUGGAAAAUUGGGUCCUAAUAUUGCUGACUUAUCGGAUACAAUGGAUCCAACUAGGCUGUCGGACAGAGCUAUUAACUUAAACUUAAAGUUAAUGAAGUGGCGGCUCGUCCCAAAUUUAGAUUUAGAAAAAAUAAGUAGUCUCAAAUGCCUCCUCUUAGGCGCCGGUACAUUGGGUUGUGCGGUGGCUAGAGUACUUUUAGGAUGGGGUGUGAGCAAUAUAACUUUUGUGGAUAACUCUAAUGUUUCUCAUAGUAACACCGUAAGGCAAAGUUUGUACAGUCAUCAGGACGCCGUGGAACAUAAAUUCAAAGCCCUCGCAGCUAAAGACGCGCUGCUGAGUAUUAGGCCGAACAUGACUGCAGAGGGGGUGGUUCUACAUAUUCCAAUGCCUGGUCACGUUUUGGGUAAAGGUAUGAUGGAGUCUACGCAAGAGUCGUUAGCAAAAUUGGAGGAACUCGUUGAAAGCAGCGAUGUUGUCUUCUUCCUAUUGGAUUCUAGAGAAGCUAGGUGGUUGCCCACUGUUCUAUGCGCAGCUAUGAACAAAAUUGCUAUUAAUGCAGCUUUAGGUUUCGAUUCGUUCACUGUACAGAGACACGGUACACGAAACACCACCAUCCCAUCCUCUCCAGAUUUGGACGUGAAAAAUCCUGAUGGUCCAGAUCUGGGUUGUUACUUCUGCAACGAUGUAACGCAGCCAGGGAAUUCGCAAACCGAUAGAACGCUGGACCAACAAUGUACCGUGAGCAGACCAGGAUUGUCUCAAAUCGCUGCCGGAUUGGCAGUGGAAUUGCUAGUAUCUGUGCUACAGCACCCCAAAGGGAUCGAAGCAGGAGCAUUAAUGGGUAACAACAGAGAAACUAUAAAUUCUAGUGACGCAGAAUUGGCUGGUCUGUUAGGAGGUGUGCCACACACGAUACGCGGUUCCCUGUGGAAUUAUGAAAUGCAGCUGACGAUAACGCACAGAUUUACGUGUUGUACAGCCUGUUCUCUACCAGUCGUCACAGAAUAUAAAAAUCGGGGCUUAUCGUUUGUUGUCGACGCGUGCAAUGUCCCAAAUUAUUUAGAGAAAUUGUCGGGACUAGAGCAUUUACUCAAAAGGCCUGAUUUGGACGAGCUUUGUUAUACUCUGGAUAAUUUAAGCGACGACGAUUGCGACGUCGAUCAGUUGAAAGAUGCACCUUGAAGACAAGCCAUGCGCGCCCGCAUAUUUUUAACUCGGAUAAAAAAUGAUACUUUUGUUACACAAAGUUCGAAGAACAUUUUACACAUCAAAUAACUGGAUUGAGCUACAUAAUCUAACGGUACCAGUAUUUAUGUAUCCAUGCAAUUGUAUUUUUAGGAGUGCAAUGCCGAACAUGGAUCCGAAUUUUAAUGUUCUUUAUAGAAAAUUGACGUUUGACAUAAGCGUACAUGUCAUUGUGACGUAUCAUCCUGAAAUCGUGAUUCAUUAUUACAAACAUGACCUUUGCGUAAAACUUUUAUAUGAAUUGCCGAUACAGAAUGUGGGAGAUUGUAAUUACUUUCUCAAUUUCGUUUUUAUCAAUGGAUCAUGGAAUGGAAAACAAAGAAAUAAAUCGUGUUAAAUAAAAUGUUUCGUUUGUCCGGUAUA